AUGAAGCCAGGAGAUGUCCCGGAGGGCAGCGCGGAGCCAGCAGGGCAGAGAGAGGAGGUUCCCAGCCUAUCCCACCGCAUCCCAAACCCCCGGGGAGCAGCGGGCUCUGAUAAACCCCGGCUCACGAAGAAGCGCCGAAGCCGGCCAAGAGAGCAAUUAGCAUUUUGCACUUGUGCAAGAAUUGAACGCAGCGGGAGCGGACGAGAGCCGUGGAGCUGCCGGGACCUCGGAGCGCCGCGCUGGGCAGCACCGGGCGCGCCGAGAGCCCGCGGCGAAACCAUCGCGCCCUCCACCGAAAAGCGGCGGUUCGGGGCUUGUUCGGGCAUGAAAAUCCGAGCGUUCCCCCAGCGUGCCCUGCCGGGGCUCUCCCUGCCCGCUCUCCCCGCCUGCCUCCGGCGCGGCCUCUGCCCACAGUAUCCCGGGGCACUCGGCUGGAGGAAGCAGCUCCAUCGGUCCCAGCCCCGACACCCCUGCCAGGGCCAGCAUCCUCCCCUGUUUGAGAGCAUCCUCCCGGGCAGCACCCCGGAGCUGCACCUCGCGGCUGGGGCCAGCGCAUCCUCCCCGGGGCCAACACCGCAGGGCCCGGGCCAGCGCAACCUCACGGAUGCGAACCCAUUGCAUCCCGAGUGGAUCCUUCUAGGGACCAGCACCCAGAACCGAGACCAGCACCCUGGACCCGCACCUGCACCCAGGCUGGAGGCCAGCACCCCAGGGCAGCGCAUCCUCCCGGGGCUAUCCAGCACCCGCUGCAUCCCGGGUGGGUGCUCCCAGCAGCGGGACCAGCCGCCAGCACCGGGACCUGCACCGAGGAGCGGGGCCAAGAACCGGGACCACCACGCCGGGGCUGAGCCCAAAGCACGCCGUGUGGAUGCCCCCCGGGGCCAGCCCCCAGCCCCGGGACCAGCCCGCAGCCCCGGGGCAGCUCCCGGUCAGGCUCCCCCGCCGCAGUCCGCCAUCCCCGCCGCCUCCCCGGCACCGGUGCCCCGAGACGAGCCCAGCCGAGCCGAGCCGUGCCCGCACCCCCGCCCCGGGCCCGUCCCCGCCGCGGUACCUGGCUCAGCUCCGGCACGGCCCCGCCGCCGGGCUCACCCGGGCGCCGCCGCCCUCCGCGCCGUGCGGGGCCGUGCCGUGCCGUGCGGGGCGGGGGGCCGGCCCCGGCAGCCUGGGAGAUGUAGUCCUUGGCCUCCCGGAGGGGCUUGUGGGACUUGUAGGAGGCGAGCGGAGCCGCCUGCGCCCACCCGCCGCACCGGGGUCUCCGGGAUCGCAGCCCGGUACUCACCCCGGCACAUCGGCACGCCCCAGCCCGGUGCCCAGCCCGGGAUAACGGGAUAUCGGCAUCCUCUGUACUCAGCUCCCGGAGGCCCCGCGGCGGCGGGCGGGGUCGGCCAUGGCGGCGGAGUGGAGCGCGCUCCUCCUGACCUGCCGGCGCGGCCAUGGCGCCGUGUCCGCGCUGCAGCGAGGCAAGCGGCGGGGCGGGCGCCCUCCCUGCCUCCCCUCCCGCCGCGGCGGGGCGGCGGGGACCGGCUCUCAGCGGCGCCCGCCUCUCGCUUGGCAGAGCUGGAGGCGCGGCGGCUGCGGGGCGCGCUGGGCCCGCGCCCCCCCGCGCUGCUCCUGGCCGUGGAGGACCCCUGGGCCUGCCUGGGCAGCGGCGGAGCCACCCUGAACGCCUUGCUGGUGGCGGCCGAGCACCUCAGCGCCCGCGCCGGCUGCACGGUGGUGACCGCUGACGUCCUGAGGGACGCCCGCAUCCUCAUCCUGCACAUGGGCCGCGACUUCUCCUUCGAUGACUGCGGCCGCGCCUUCACCUGCCUGCCCGCGGAGGAGCCCGGCGCCCCGGCCGAGGCGCUGGUCUGCAACCUGGACAGCCUGCUGGGGACCAUGACACACCGGCUCUGUGUGGGCUCCCCGCCCGGCGUCUGGGUCUGCAGCACCGACAUGCUCCUCACCGUCCCCUCGGCACCAGGGAUCAGCUGGGAUGGCUUCCAGGGCGUCAGAGUGAUCGCGGUGCCCGGGAGCCCAGCGUAUGCCAGGAACCACGGGGUCUACCUCGCUGACGAGCAGGGGCUGGUGCGUGACAUCAUCUACAAAGGCACAGAGGCCCAGAUCCAGCAGUGUGCAGGGCCUGAUGGCACCGUCCCGCUGGUCUGCGGGAUUGUUUUCUUCUCCUCGGAUGCUGCUGAGCAGCUUCUGGCCACCCACGUCAUCCCUCCUCUGGAUGCCUGUACCUACAUGGGGCUGGACUCGGGGGCACCUCCCAUCCAGCUCUCCCUCUUUUUUGACAUUGUGCUGAGCAUGGCAGGGGGGAUGACAGAGGAGGAUUUUGUGAAGGGUGGCAGUGAUGCCAGCGUGAGGAGCGCCCGCUCCGUGCUGUGGACAGCUCUCCGUGGCUUCCCUCUUAGCAUGGCCUGCAUCCCCGAUGCAUCCUACGACUACAUGACCACCUCUGCGAGCGACCACAUCCGCAGCCUGACUCUCCUGCCUGGCUCUGCCAGUCACCUCCGCUUCUGCAAGACAGCCCAUUCCCACGUGGACCAGCCCUGUCUCCUGGAGGAUGGCUCUUCAGUCACCAACUGCCUGCUGGAGGGAGCCGUGGGGCUGGCAGCCGGCAGUGUCAUCCAGCACUGUCACCUCCAGGGUCCCCUGGAGAUCGGUCCUGGCUGCCUCCUUUCAGGCCUCGACGCGGGCUCCUCGCCAGCCCUGCGGGGCUGUCCCCUGCGUGACGUUGUCCUGCAGGGCCACCACGUCCGGCUGCGUGACCUGCCCUGCCGUGUGUUCACUCUCACCGGCCGCCUCGACGACUGGCAGAGCCCUGUGGAAGAGGCCACCUACCUGAACGUGCCCUGGCCUGAGUUUUUCCAGCGCACUGGCGUACGGGAAGGGGACCUUUGGGACGCCGCGACGCCGCGGAGGAGCCGCUGCCUGCUCAGCGCGCGGCUGUUCCCGGUGCUGCACGCCCGCGAGGCGCUGGGGCUGCAGGACGUGCUGUGGCUGCUGGCCCCGGCUGUGGGCGAGCAGCUGGCGCGCUGGAGGACAGCCUGGCGCAUGUCCUGGCAGGAGCUGCUGCCCUGCCUGGACACGGCGGCCGAGCUGAGCACCCGCCAGGCCCUUUUCUUCCUGCAGGGCCAGCGCAAGGUGCGGCGGGUGCUGCUGGGGCGCCAGGACAGCAGCCUCCUGCCGCUGGCCCGUAGUGCUGUCCACGAGGGCUACCAUGAGGCUGUGCUGGGCACGCUGGACGAAGUUGCCUCCACGGCCGGUGAUGCUGGUGUUGCAGCACGAGCGCUCGCCUGCAUCGCCGAGGUCCUGGGCUGCAUGGCACGAGGGGAAGGGGGCUUGCGGAGCGGCCCUGCUGCCAACAGGGAGUGGGCCUCGGCUUUUGCGUGCCUGGAGCGCGGGGACGUUGCCAGCGGUGUCCGGGAGCUGGCUGCCGAGCGGCAGAAAUGGAUGAGCCGGCCGGCUCUGCUGGUGAGAGCGGCUCGGCAUUACGAGGGGGCCGAGCAAAUCCUGGUCCGGCAGGCGGUGAUGUCCUCGUGCCAGUUUGUCACCGUGGCGCAGGCAGAGCUGCCACCCUUGGGGCACUGGGUGCAGGUGGCUUGUCCUGCCCGCCUGGACCUCUCUGGCGGCUGGAGUGACACGCCCCCCAUCACCUACGAGCACGGGGGGGCCGUGGUGGACGUGGCGGUGCUGGUGGACGGGUGCCGGCCCAUCGGUGCCCGGGUGCGGCGCAUCGCCGAGCCGGAGCUGCGCCUCGUCAGCCUCAGCGGGACCCCCCCGAGCGAGGCGCUGACGGAGCUGCUGUGCCAGGAGCUGGAAGACCUGCAGGAUUACUGCCAGCCACACGCACCAGGAGCCUUGCUCAAAGCUGCCUUCAUCUGCACCCAGGUCGUGCAGUUCCCCUCACAGAAACCCCUUCGGGUCCAGCUGAUGGAGAGUUUUGGGAGUGGCUUCGAAGUGCACACCUGGUCCAAGCUGCCCCACGGGUCUGGCCUGGGCACCAGCAGCAUCCUGGCGGGCGCGGUGAUGGCAUCGCUGUACCAGGCGGCUGGGAAGGCUGCCAGCACCGAGUCCCUCAUCCACGCCGUGCUGCACCUGGAGCAGAGGCUCACGACAGGUGGUGGUUGGCAGGACCAGGUUGGUGGGCUCGUCCCUGGCAUCAAAAUCGGAAGGUCGAAGGCCCAGCUGCCCCUCAGAGUGGAAGUGGAGCAGAUCCUGGUGCCUGAAGGUUUUACCCAGACCCUCAAUGAUCACUUGCUGCUGGUGUACACGGGGAAGACUCGCCUGGCCCGCAACCUGCUCCAGGACGUGGUGAGGAACUGGUAUGCCAGGCUGCCCUCCAUCGUGCAAAACACUGAUGCGCUGGUGAGCAACGCUGAGGAGUGUGCCCAGGCCUUGAGGCAAGGUGACCUGCCGCUCAUUGGCAAGUGUCUGGACCGCUACUGGCAGCAGAAGAAGGUCAUGGCCCCUGGGUGUGAGCCGCUGGCCGUCGGGCACAUGAUGGACGCUCUGCGGCCCCACGUCCACGGGCAGUGCUUGGCCGGGGCUGGCGGCGGUGGCUUCCUUUACGUCUUAACCAAAGCCCCACGGCAGAAAGAGGCUUUGCAGCAGCUCCUCGCUGGCACCGAGGGGCUGGGCAACUUCAGCAUCCACAGCAUCGAGGUGGACACGGGCGGUUUCUCUGUGGAGGUUGUGGGAUGUGACACGAAGGACGGUGCUCACCCUGGAGAGGACAGGGCUGUGUGAAGGCCUUCAGCCCUGGCCAGUUCCUGGCAGAUACACAGGAAAUCCCCACUGCUUUAGGGACAGCUCCAGCAGGUGCCUGAGGUCUUGAUAUGGCCUUUUUGUGCUGCUGCUUGCCCCAAAAGCCACAGAGGCUGGAGAAGCUGUGAUGAGCUGGGCAGGCAGAAUUCUCCCUGAAGGGUGGCCUUGCUGGAAGGACAGUUUGCAAGGGCCUCCAGCCCUGAUUUUGUGGUUUCACUCCAGUUUUUACGGUUCUCCAAAGGGAAAACACUAGCAUUUGUGAUGCUGCCUCCUCUUCCAGCAGCACCUGUGCCUGUUCAGCACACUAUGCUCCUGCACCAAGAAUGUACUUGGAUGUGGAAUCAAGACCCUCUCCUGUCUUGAGGGACUAUUUCAGCAUUGACAUAGUGAAUAAUGAAAGCAAAUUACUGAUUGCUGCAGUCAGUCUGAAUAAAAGAGCUUGUUCCCA